AACAGCUCGACCGUUCUCGAUUUACGUUGCAGGUGACAACAAUUCCGGCUGCCGACUGGUAAGGAUGAAGACCCAAAUCCAUACGAUCAGCGUCCCGAACGACGGUUCGUACGACAACGAAGCGCUGAGCUGCUCAACGAUCGACAUAUCGACGCAACAUGGCGAACCGCACGGUGGUUUGCGUGGUUCGAACGAGUUCAUUCUGUCCGACAGUGGGAAGAAGGUUACGAGCGAUGAUCAGACCGGACAGCUUCAUCUUUGGCUGCAGCGUAAAGCCAAAAGUGCCUUCUCCGAGAAGAUGAUUAAAAAACGUUUGCCCAUUCUACGAUGGCUACCGCAAUACAACUCCACGGAUGCGAUCGGGGAUUUAGUGGCGGGAAUAACCGUCGGCCUGACGGUAAUACCACAAGCGCUUGCCUAUGCCGGUAUAGCCGGGGUUCCCGCAGCGUACGGACUGUACGGAUCGUUUCUCGGUUGCAUCGUCUACAUCGUGUUCGGCAGCUGUAAAGAUGUGCCGAUGGGACCGACCGCCAUUGCCUCACUGCUUACCUUCCAAACCGCCGGUGGAAACGUUGGAAAAGCCAUACUGCUCUGCUUCCUGUCCGGCGUGGUGGAACUGAUGAUGGGGCUGCUUGGGUUAGGAUUUCUGGUCGAUUUUGUGUCCGGACCGGUCUCGUCCGGCUUUACCUCGGCCGUUUCGUUGAUUAUAGUGACAUCGCAAGUGAAGGACGUACUUGGCAUAUCGGCCAAAGGGACGACGUUUAUCGAAAUUUGGCGCAAUAUUUUCAACGACAUACACAACGUGCAGCUGUGGGACACGUUCCUUGGAAUUACCUGCAUUGCCGUGCUGUUGAUCAUGAGAAUUAUUGCCGGCUUAAAAGUUGGACCAGCCGAUGAUGAGCUCAAGUCAAAGAACCAUCGCAUCAUCAACAAAAUGAUGUGGCUGAUUGGUACCUCCCGUAAUGCGAUCCUCGUAGUGGUUUGCGGUGCCAUCGGUUACACGUUUCAAUCGUCUGCCGCCGCACCGUUCAAACUGAUCGGAGACAUCCCACCGGGUAUGCCAUCGUUUAUGGCACCACCGUUUUCACUGACGGCCAAUGAAACGACGAGUGGGCAUGAAGAAUCGUUUAUGGAUAUGGUAUCGAGCCUUGGUUCGGGGCUGAUCGUUGUUCCACUGAUUGCGCUAAUGGAGAACAUUGCGAUCUGUAAAGCGUUCUCGAAUGGUAAGCCGGUAGAUGCGACACAGGAGUUGAUUGCCAUCGGGCUUGCCAAUAUAGCCAACUCGUUCGUGCAAGGAUUCCCCGGUACGGGUUCGCUGAGCCGCAGUGCGGUCAACAACGCUUCCGGUGUGCGUACACCGAUGGGAAACAUCUAUACGAUGGGACUGGUAGUGUUGUCACUGCUGUUCUUUACGCCAUACUUUUCGUACAUUCCGAAAGCAUCGCUAGCGGCCGUGAUUAUUGCGGUGGUUGUAUUUAUGGUGGAGGUAAAAGUAGUGAAACCUAUGUGGCGGACCAAAAAAAGUGAUCUGAUUCCCGGCCUGGGAACGUUCAUCGCAUGUCUGGCACUUCCACUGGAAAUGGGCAUCCUGUUUGGAGUAGGAUUGAACGUCGUGUUUAUUUUAUAUCACGCUGCCCGACCAAAGAUUUCCGUUGAACGUUUAACGAGUCCUGGCGGAGCAGAAUAUCUAAUUAUUACACCCGAUCGGUGCUUGAUCUUCCCAUCAGUUGAUUACGUCCGCAAUCUGGUGACAAAGCAAUCUAUUCGACAGUCGCUACCGGUAGUGAUCGACUGUUCGCACGUGUACGGUGCCGAUUUUACUGCCGCUACCGUAAUCGACAGCAUAACGCAAGACUUUGCCAGACGCGAUCAGCCAUUGUUUUUCUACAACCUUAAGCCGAGCGUUUGUGCAAUUUUCGAAGGUUUGUCGCCGGCCGAUUUUGUGGUAUACUAUCGGGAAGAGCAUCUGGAUGAUCUGCUAAAGCAGCGUGCCUAUAAACCAAAGGAAGUGAUUAGUGCCUAGUGCCGUGCG